UGACAUUGCUCUAAUCACGUGGUCCGUGUCGUUGACGAUUGACUGCCAGCUACAGUCACCUCCUCCGAUUUUCUGGGACUCGAAGCUUGACUGGAAGCUAAGCUUGACACUCAAACCGGCGGGCUUGUGGUCCUGGCGCAAAGAAUGUGAUAGGACCCUAGCCUCAGCCGUUCUCUGUUCUCAGUCAUCCGGUCACGGUGGUGCUCGUGGACAGCUCGUGGAUCACUGGAUGACUCCGACCAACUUCGCGAGCCGCUAGCAAGCCACAUACACACGGCUGUAUAUAAUGAACUCGGGGUGGCUUGGCUUCUCAGAACUUACUCGUCGCUCGACCGAGAUCUGUCAUGGGGAAAUUCUACGAGUCCAUACCCCCCAACCUCAUCAAAUGGAUCGAGGCUCAGCAGAUGUUCUGGGUCGCCUCCGCACCCCUAGGCGGAGAGGGGCAUGUCAAUAUUUCACCGAAGGGCCUCAAGGGGACACUGCAUAUUGCGAGUGAGAGUCAGGUGUGGUAUGAGGAUAUGACGGGUAGCGGCAGCGAGACCAUGGCCCACCUCCGUGAACUGGGCAACGGUCGGAUGACUAUCAUGUUCUGCGCCUUCGAGGGCGCCCCUCGAAUCAUGCGGCUCUUCGGACAUGGUCGAGUCCUCGAGUUUGGUACUCCCGAGUAUGAGGAGCUGCUUCCCCCUGAUGUCCGCCACCCCGGUUCGCGCUGCGCGGUUGUAGUUGAUAUCCACAAAGUCGGCACUUCGUGCGGCUUCGGCGUCCCGCAGUACGCGUUCCUCUCGCACCGCCCGACCCUGUACAACUGGUGCGCCCAGCUAGAGGCCGCCGAGCGAGAGCAUGGCGUGGCCAACGACAUCGUUGAUUCGUCCAAGCCGCACGUUGCCGAGAAAGGCUUGAAGGCAUACUGGAUCAAGGAGAAUCUGAAGAGCAUGGACGGCCUCCCCGCCAUGAAGGCUGCACACACUAGCCGAACGACACCGGUGCACGGGCCGCCGCGCGGAGAGUGGGGUAAGGAAGGCAAGGAGCUGCUACAAUCGGACAAGCAGGAUGUCGUGAACGGCAGCGUUAGUGCAGCUGUGGGGCUGCAGAAGCUAAAGACUGUUAUUGAUGGUCUGGAUGGCUCUGAGGUGACUAGGCUUGUCAUCGCGUUCUCGCUUGGCGUAGCCAUCACCGCUGUGUAUAUUCAAACGGUCGGCGGGCCGUGCUGAUCCUUGUCUAGGGCUUUUGCUUCAAUUGGUACCUACUCUGAUGUUGUCUGUUGUACCACCAUGUUUUUGUUGUAUGUGCUGAUGAAUCACCUGUACACAUUACGACGGCCGCGCCUUGCCAUUGUGUAUCAUAGGUACGUUGUUAAUUCAGUAUCGCUCUCGCAGUCUUCA